UAAUGGAGAAAGUAUUAGGUUAGGUGGUCACGUUUGUUCAUCUCUCUCUCUCUCUCUGUCAUAUAUAUUUGUUUAAAGUUUUCGUCUUUGUUCAUUCUUGCUUUGGUGAUCUCAUUAGUGUUCUCUAAUGGCGAGUCUCUGUUUCCAGUCUCCUUCUAAACCCAUUUCUUAUUUCCAACCUAAAUUCAAUCCAUCGCCGCCGUUGUUCGCGAAAGUCUCCGUCUUUCGAUGCAAAGCUUCCGUACAAACACUCGUCGCCGUUGAGCCGGAGCCAGUUUUCGUCUCCGUCAAGACUUUUGCGCCAGCCACCGUCGCUAAUUUGGGACCAGGGUUUGAUUUCUUAGGAUGCGCCGUCGAUGGUCUUGGUGACCACGUGACUCUCCGUGUAGAUCCUUCGGUACGAGCCGGUGAGAUCUCAAUCUCGGAGAUCACCGGAACCACAACAAAGCUCAGCACUAAUCCUCUCCGGAACUGUGCUGGAAUCGCUGCCAUUGCUACGAUGAAGAUGUUAGGGAUUAGAUCGGUUGGUUUGUCAUUAGAUUUGCACAAAGGCUUACCUUUAGGUAGCGGUUUAGGUUCUAGUGCAGCUAGCGCCGCCGCAGCAGCUGUGGCGGUUAAUGAGAUCUUUGGCCGGAAAUUAGGAAGUGAGGAAUUGGUUUUAGCCGGUUUAGAAUCGGAAGCUAAAGUUUCCGGUUAUCACGCUGAUAACAUCGCACCAGCGAUCAUGGGUGGAUUCGUUUUGAUUCGAAACUACGAACCUCUUGAUUUGAAACCAUUGAGGUUCCCAUCAGAUAAAGAUCUCUUCUUUGUUCUAGUGAGCCCUGAAUUUGAAGCUCCAACCAAGAAAAUGAGAGCUGCAUUGCCUACAGAGAUUCCAAUGGUUCACCAUGUUUGGAACAGUAGCCAAGCGGCUGCUUUAGUCGCUGCCGUGCUAGAAGGAGAUGCAGUGAUGCUUGGGAAGGCAUUGUCGUCUGAUAAGAUUGUCGAGCCGACGAGAGCGCCCUUGAUUCCUGGAAUGGAAGCUGUGAAGAAGGCUGCUUUGGAAGCUGGAGCUUAUGGAUGUACGAUUAGCGGAGCUGGACCAACAGCGGUUGCGGUGAUUGAUUCAGAGGAGAUGGGUCAAGUGAUAGGAGAGAAGAUGGUGGAAGCGUUUUGGAAAGUUGGACAUUUGAAAUCUGUUGCAUCUGUGAAGAAGCUUGAUAAGAUUGGUGCUAGGCUUGUCAACAGCAUUUCCAGGUGAUUUUCUGAUUGGAACAAAUCUUUCUCUGUACUGUAAUUUCUAGAUGAUAAUAAAAGUUGCUUGUUUCUACACAAAUAGAGAACAAUGUAAUUUGAGUUUUGUUUAGUCUGUCUUUGGUUUCUUGGAUUUUGAGUUUGAGAGUAACACUCAGCAAAAUUUGGUUUCA